UUGGUUAAAAUUACUGAUCAAAUUUGUUUCUCAAAAUUUCAAGAUGUCGAAAUAUUUUCAAAUUUUGUUAGUUAUAGUAUUUGUUUCCAUCAUGACACUUUGCGACAUGGUCCAAGCAGAACCUCAAUGGGGUGGUAGAGGAUUCGGUGGAGGGUUCGGCCGAGGUGGAUUUGGAGGUCGCGGAUUUGGUGGAGGAUUUGGCGGUGGUUUUGGUGGUGGAUUUGGUCGCGGAGGUGGUUUUGGCGGUGGAUUUGGCAGAGGAGGUGGUUUCGGACGACCUGGAUUUGGAUGGGGCAAAUAAUAUUGAAAUCAAACAUAUCAAAUAAUCACGUACUGUAAAAUCGUAUUUUUAGAAAUUCCUUGGC